UGAUGUUGUGGUAGUUUUCAACAUGGCGGCCAGCUGCCACUUCUUUGUGGCUGGUUUGCUGUUGCUAUUCAACGGGGUUUUAAGUUUUCCUGUCGGCCAGGAGAAAAGAGACGCCACCACCUGCGGAUACCAGUCAUGUCAUGCCACCAAGCCCACCAUGCUGAAUGUCCACCUGGUUCCUCACACACACGACGACGUGGGCUGGCUAAAGACCGUGGACCAGUACUUCUAUGGAGAUCGUAACGACAUCCAACAUGCCGGCGUUCAGUACAUCCUGGACUCUGUGGUGGAUCAGCUGCUGAAGAACCCAGACAGGCGGUUCAUCUACGUGGAGACGGGCUUCUUCUACCGCUGGUGGAAGCAGCAGAGCUCCAGCAUGCAGCAGACGGUCAAGCAGCUGGUAAACCAAGGUCGGCUGGAGUUUGUAAAUGGUGGCUGGUGUAUGAGCGACGAGGCCACGACGCACUACAGCGCCGUCAUCGACCAGAUGACCAUCGGCCUGAGGUUUCUGAACGAGACCUUUGGGAUCUGUGGUCGACCCCGGGUUGCCUGGCACAUUGACCCGUUUGGCCACGCCCGCGAACACGCCUCUCUUUUUGCACAGAUGGGAUACGACGGCUUCUUCUUCGGUCGCCUGGACUACCAGGACCGGGCUCGCAGGAUGAAUGCGAAGGAGCAGGAGCUCCUGUGGAGAGCCUCAGACAGCCUCACACCACCCAUGGCCGACCUCUUCACCGGAAUCCUUCCCAACGGGUACAACCCUCCAGAGGGGUUCUGCUGGGACCAGCUGUGCACUGACGACCCAAUCAGAGACGACACCGACCUUGAAGAUUAUAACGUUGAUGAUGUUGUCCAGCGCUUCCUUCACGCUGCCAAGACUCAGGCGUUGGUGUACAAGACCAACCACAUCAUUAUGACCAUGGGCUCAGACUUCCAGUACGAGAACGCCAACCUGUGGUACAAGAACCUGGACAAGCUGAUCCGCUACGUCAACGACCAGCAGGGCAACGGCAGCAACGUCAACGUCCUCUAUUCCACUCCGUCCUGCUACCUGCAGGAGCUUCACCAAGCUAACCUCACCUGGCCUCUGAAGACGGACGAUUUCUUUCCCUACGCGGACAGCGCUCAUAGCUUCUGGACGGGAUACUUCACAAGCCGGCCAGCGCUGAAACGCUACGAGAGGAUCAGCAACAGCAACCUGCAGUCUUGUAACCAGCUGGAGGUUCUGGGAGGUCCAGUUUCCAGGAAGGGGCUGUUUGGACAGGGAGACAGUGAGACUUUGAGGAAAGCGAUGGCUGUGGCUCAGCACCAUGACGCAGUGUCAGGAACAGAGAAGCAACAUGUUGCUAACGACUACGCCAAGAGGCUAGCCAAAGGCUGGCAGCACUGCCAGGUUUUGGUCAGCAACAGUUUGGCUUCCCUCACUGGCUCCUCUGCUGAGAGAAUCUACUGUGAUUACCUCAACGUCAGUGUGUGUCCUCUAACGGAGUCCAGCAGCAAGUUCUCACUCAGUGUGUACAACCCUCUGGGUCGGUCCGUCACCUGGCCCGUCAGGCUGCCGGUCAACGGGACAGCCUAUGCCGUCACUGACGCUCAAGGAAAACCCGUGGACUGUCAGGUGCUUCCUGUUUCCAGAGCCACACAGGAAGUGAGGAGGAGCCGCGGCUUCGCCAGGAACGAGCUGGUGUUCCAGGUCCGAGCUCCUCCUCUGGGUUACAGCAGCUACUCUGUGUCCCUGCUGCAGGACGGGCCCCCAUCGUCCUCACCUCAGCACCAGGCGCCCACCAGCAUCCAAAACAAGUUCCUUCAAGUCACCUUUGACCCCGACACUGGCCUUUUGUCUGGUCUCAGCAACCUGGAAACCAAACAGACCAUAAAGCUUUCACAAAACUUCUACUGGUACAAUGGCAGCAAUGGCAACAACGUUGAGAGUCUGCAGACCUCUGGGGCCUACAUCUUCAGACCCAACUCCUCCACACCUGUCAUGGUCAGCAGUAAGGCCAGAGUGGAGAUCUUUCAGAACUCGGUGGUGCAGGAGGUGCGGCAGUGGUUCACUCCCUGGGUGUCUCAGGUGGUCCGACUCUACGCCGACAGCAAAGCUGUGGAGCUGGAGUGGACGGUCGGACCGGUGCCGGUCAGUGACGAGCAGGGGAAGGAGGUGAUCACUCGUCUGGACACCAGCAUUAAAACCGCAGAGCUUUUCUACACCGACUCAAACGGCAGAGAAGUUCUUCAGAGAAAGAAAGACUUCCGUCCCACAUGGCAGCUCAAGAAAACAGAACCCAUUGCUGGAAAUUAUUACCCCAUCAACUCUCGCGCCUUUAUAAAGGAUGACACUGACCAACUCACAGUGGUGACAGAUCGCUCACAGGGAGGAGCGAGCAUAUCCAACGGCUCUCUGGAGAUCAUGCUCCACCGCCGGCUGCUGCAUGACGACUACCGCGGCGUCGGUGAAGCCCUCAAUGAGUGGUCGGAGCUCUUCCCCGACGGCCUGGUGGUCCGCGGUCGCCUCCUCCUCUCCCUGGAGCCGCCUGCCACCGCCGCAGACACACACCGCCCCCUGGCGCAGCAAGUGGUAUCACAACCGCUGCUGUCGUUCACCGAUGGAGGCCUGAACCCGAACACACGACUGGAGUUUUCAGGUCUUCAAGCAUCACUGCCCCCUGCUGUCCACCUCCUGACACUGAGUCAGUGGGACCAGGAGUCUGUCCUGCUCAGGCUGGAGCAUCAGUUCCAGAGCUGGGAGAGCAAAGCCAGCUCCCAACCCGUCACUGUCAACCUUCAGAAGCUGUUUUCCACUCUGGAUGUUCUGGGUGUUUCUGAGCUGAACCUUUCAGCCAAUCAGUGGAAAGAUGAGAUGAAGCGUUUUGAUUGGUCUCCUGAAAAAGAAGAGAAACCUCUGCUGAAGACGUUUGAGGAUCCAUCUGUGUGGGAGAUCACCCUGAGGCCCAUGGAGAUCAGAACAUUUUUACUCAGGGUCACAUUUAAAUAACCAAUCAUGUCCAUCAAAAUGGUGGACAAAUGUCCAUCUGUUCCAAACUGAAGAUUCCUCAAAUAUCUCUUAAAUCUGCAGUGAAAGGGAUUGGAAAAUAA